AUGCAAGAAAACACGGGUGUUAUCUGCUUGAAUGACGAUGAUUGUUCAUGGAUUGAAAAAUUUGCAUGUGCAAAUCUUAUUCUUGAAGAUGAAUUUUUACCAACAUAUGAUACAAAACUCAAUUUUGAUUAUUUGUACGUUCAAUCAUAUGUUAUUCGAACAUAUUUACUUCUCUGUCAUAUCAAAUAUCAACAUAUCGCUCAAAAAUAUAUGUUUUUUGUACCACGAAAAAUUACAAAUGUUGUUACGAUGAACGAUGAUGAUAUGUUUAAAUUGGACGAAAACUAUUCAAUGCCACUUGAAACCGAUUGGAGACAUUUGUAUGUGAUGCCAAUCGAUCAACUUUAUCCUGGCUAUAAUAUAUUAAGACAAAUUGCUUCAACAUUAAAAAAUGAACCAUGUAAUCGAUCUGAUAUGCGUUUGUUUGAGUAUAUUGAAACAAUUGAAGAUAAGGAUCAAAUUAUUGAAAAACUGAACGAAUAUAAAGUUCAAGAUUUUCAACUAUGUCAUAUGAAUCAUGUUGGCAAAUUGUACAAAGAUUUGAUCAGACGAUUCGAACACUUGUUCUCAGAUACUUCUCCAUUACUUCAAAUGCCCAUGUUGUCCGAACUAAGCGAACAACUUAAUAAUAUACUUAAAAAGGAACUAAUCGAUACUGACGAUAACAACGGUGAUAAAACUAUAAUUGUCCAAAAAUUGCAAUCAAAUAUAGAAGAUAUCGAUCGACUUUUGGAGGAUUUAAAAAACAUUGAAGAUACACUUGUUCAACAAGCCGCAAAACCUUUAGCUCAAACGUGUACAUACAUGAGUAUCGAAAAUUCAAUCCUUUCUAUUAUUCCUGAAGAAAUCAAAUGCGAAAACUAUGUCUCAUUGAAUAUUCAAUUGAUUCAAGUUCGAUCUAAAUUGCAAGAGAAAACAAUUAAUAUUGAAGAAGAAAAUACAAAACAAUGGAAUGAAAAUUUCGAUGAAGAAUCCAAUCAAAUAGAACAACAAAUUAGAGGAAAUCGUUUUCGUCCAACUGUAGUUGAUGAUACGGAACAAGAUGAUUGGGAAGGAUUCACUCGUCGUAUUGAACCGCAACAUUCCGAUGACGAAAUAAAUCAAUCUAAAACUGAUGAGUCGGUAAAUGAACAAGUUAAUGAAUCUAACAAAAAUGAACUAUCAUCACCAAUAAUUAAAGACGUUCAAAUUCCAUCGUUAUUUGAAUUGACCGUUGAACCUAUUUCGAUAACUUCAUUGGCACCGAUUUCAGAAAACUAUGAGCAAUCACCCAUUGGAGUCUCAUUGAAAACUCUGAUGUUUGAUAUCGCAACACAACCUGAUGGUAAAAUGGACAGUUAUACAUGCAGACCUGCAGCAGUGUACAAUAGACUAAAGGACCAUAUGCUCAAGAAAAAGUAUGAUAUGAAUACGUUUGUUGUCGUCGAUAGUAAUAAAAUAUUCAUUGAUUUUACACGCACCGAUGCUUGCCAGUUAGAUAUUUUAUUUCAGUGUAGAAUGUUCCGUUACCAGUACCAAGCAAAAUGCUGACAGUGUCUUCCAAAAAAUUAGUCACCGCUAUAUCCAUUUUGUUAUCAUUGUUAAAAUCACCUGAUACUAUAGAAACUGGGUUGCGACCUACGGUAUAAUUCUUUCGAAUCUGAAAGGUUCCAUCUGGAUUGCCAAAAAAUACACUAAUAGUGUUUUCUCCUGAAUCAGCAACUAUCAGAUCCAGUAUUUUAUCGUUAUUGAAAUCACCUGAUGUCACAGAGUAUGGAAUCUUUCCUGUAGCAUACUUAGUAGAAGUCUGAAAUAUUCCAUUUUCAUUAUUUAGUAACACGCUGAAAGUGUCUUCACCUGAAUUGAUCACUAUUACAUCUAAUUUGCCAUCAGUAUUGAGAUCACUGGAUAUCAUGAAUGUAGGGCUGAUACCUACCGUAUAGUUCUUUUGAGUCUGGAAAGUACUAUUACCAUUGCCAAGCAGCAAGCUGAUGGUGUUGUCUGCAUAGUUGGACACUACUACAUCCAUGCUUUGAUCAUUGUUGAAAUCACCUGAUAUGACACAAGAAGGAUGAGUACCAGUUGAAUAUUUAAUUUGAUUCUGAAAUGUCCCAUUACCGUUGCCGCGUAGCAAACUGAUAGUAUCAUCGUUUAAGUUCGCGAUUAUCACAUCUAAAAUGUUAUUAUUACUGAAAUCACCUAAUAUUACAGAGGAUGGGCUGCUGCCAGCACCAUACUGAGCUUCAGUUUCAAAGGUUCCAUCGGGCUUGCCAAAAAACACCUUAAUAGUGUCUUCGUAGUAGUUAGCUACGGCCAGAUCCGUUUGACUAUCAUUGUUAUAAUCAUUCACUGCUAUGGAAAUUGGACCAAUACCACUAGCAUACGUGACCUGAGUCUGAAAGGACCCAUUGCCGAAACCUAACAAAACGCUGAUUAUGGUUCCCUCGUUAUUGGCUGUUACUAGGUCAAGAUUUCUGUCCUUAUUGAAAUCACUUGAUACUAAAGACAUCGGAUUAGGACCAGUUCCAUAGUCCAUUCGAGCCUGGAGAGUUCCAUCGCCAUUACCAAGCAGUAUGCUGACGGUACUUUCCAAGAAGUUGAUGACAGCUAUAUCCAUUUUGCCAUCAUUGUUAAAAUCACCUGCUGUCGCCCAUUCAGGAGAGCCACCAACACCAAAGGACUUCCGAGUCUGAAAUGUACCGUUCAAGCUGCCAAGAAAUACGCUUAUAGUAUUAUCACCUGAGUUAACCACUAUCACAUCGAGUCUAUUAUCAUUAUUAAGAUCACAUGACGUUAGCGCAAAUGGACUUAGACCGGUUUCAUACUGAUUUUGAUCGGUGAAAAGUCCAUUCCCAUCACCCAGAAACGUGCGCAUGGUGUUGUCUUGUAGGUGGGCCACCACCACAUCUGUCUUGUUGUCAUUAUUGAAAUCACCGGAUACUAUAGCAAACGGAGUACGACCAGUCGCAUAUGUACUUUGUAUGUUAAAGCUUCCAUCCCCAUUACCAAGCAUCAAGCUAAUUGUAUUCUCGCCACUGUUGGUCACAACAAGAUCCAUAUUGCUGUCACCAUUAAAAUCAUCUGAUGCCAGACCCAACGGUUGGUAGCCAACUCUCAAGUUCAUCGAAGACUGAAAGGUACCAUUACUAUUGCCAAACAGCACACUAAGUGUAUUUGCUCCCGAAUUGCUCACAGCAAGAUCCGGUCGUUUAUCAUUAUUAAAAUCAGCUGAUACCAUAACUCGAGGUAAGGGACCAGUACCAUACAUAACUCCAGCUUGAAGCAUCCCAUUUCCUUUGCCAAGAAGCACAAUUAUAUCAUCAUCUCCUUGAUUGGCCACUAUGAUAUCUAGGUGUUUAGUGUUAGUAAAACUACCAACUGCUAUAGAAACUGGAGAUGUCCCAGUCUUAUAGGUUAAUGAGGUCGUAUAUGGUUCCAUACACACAUCUAAUGAGAGAAGAACAUAACGAAAAGUUAACUCUAUUUGAAUGUAAAAUGAACAUUUCUGAACUUUUACUUUUCAUAUAUCACAAGACAAUGUGAGAAGACAAGUGAGAGAUUUAGAUAAUGUGAUAUUUUUCCUUGAUUAGUACUGAUUUAAAAAAAAAGAGACUCAGAUCGAAUCAGCAUUAUUGCUAUAUCAGCAUAAGUGGCUUCUUACUUUCUUGAGCUUAUAGCAGCUAAAUUAAACUC